GAGCAGUAUCUACCCACACCUCUUCCCGCCAUUAGUUCUUCUAAAAAAGGAGCAAUUUUUCUCUUUCACACAGAAAAAGACGAAUGCGGUCAAAAGAUGGUCAUCUGAAAUAGAAAUUAACGGUCCAGCAGCAUCAUCUAUGGACAGCCAACCCUUAUUGUCUGGGGUUGAUUCGCAAGCAAGUUUUUCAAGAGAAGAACCUGGGGAGAUCAAGACCAACGAUGACGCCACGACUGAUUCUGAGGAAAAUGCCAGAGAACAUGAAAGAGAGAAUGCUUCCCAUCUGAGACAUAUAAAUGUGGAGUCAUCGCCAGCGAGUUUUCCUGUCGAGAACAGUAAGCAGAUCAAACCUGAUAAUGAUGUCAUAUUGAAUUCGGAGGAAAAGGAGCAGCUUUCACAAGUGACAGAAGAGAAUCCUUUGGCUGUUGCAAUAACUGAUGUACUAGAAAAGAUGGCGGACUCAGAUCAAACGCAAAGUGAAUACGCGGCAGCAAAAGAACAUGAAAAAGCAGAAAGGAGGAAGAAGAAAAACAGGAAGAAGAAAGAGAGAAAGAAAGAAAAGAGAAAAGCCCAGCAGCUAAAGGAAGGUUCUUCAGAUCAGGCUGUACCAGCAAGCAACGUGGAAGAAGGAUCACCUCAUGAAAGCCCUGAUGAGGGUGACUCCCAAGCAACAGACUCAGUACUCGGAGACCCGGAUAUCUACUUAGACUAUCAGUCCGACUGCAGCAGCACAAUGAGAGGCAGAAACGCGUCGUUUACCACCUCAAACACUGCAUUUAGCACCUUGGGACUCAACCAAGACGAAGACUCGGACGGUGGGGACUUUAUACCCGUGCAGAAUACUCGUCGCCCUGUCCUCUCGACUGCAAAAGCUAGUGCUAGUACAUUAGGUGUCCACAAGCAUUUUGGGGAGAGGGCAUCAGGGCUUGACUGGAUUGAUGCGCCGCAUGGCCAAGAGCUUCCGUCAGUUGCGGAGGUUAACGCACUUCCGUUGACGCCUGAACCGAGCACAUCCCAGCUUCAGGGUAUACCUCCCAGUAGUGGUUUCAGAAAGGAGGAUAAUGCGAACACGUCUGAAGUCCGUAGGUCCUUGAGUUUCGGAGAGUUUCCCAACUUACCAGAAGGGAAUAUUAACAGACCGACUCCUAACUCAAUGCAUAUGGGCGCUUCUGGUAAUGCUUGGCUCAAUAUUAACCAGCCUAACGCAUCGCUUCCAAACUUCAGCCCAUUUCAAGGUGAAGCUCGACCGAGAAUUGAGGCAACAAAUGAACAAUUGUCAAGUAUGUCUUUCCAUGGGAUACCUGGUCAGCCAAGCAGUUCCACCGGUUUUGCUUGCUUUACCAGUCCUGGACAAUCUGACCGGUCCUCUAACCCAGUCACAUUUUCCCAAAGUUUCCAAACCAACAGUGCGACAAGAAUGGUCAGUUUGGAUCCACCACCUGGGUUAAAUGGUCCUAUGAAGAUUCCCGAGGGUGUCUUUGUUGUGUGCCAACACUUCCUGCAGAAUGUCAUAAAAGCCAGAACUUGUAACUUCUGUGAAAAGCGCGGUAUACUCAAGUACGCUGCCUGGAACAACAACCGCUCCCACUGACAAGUAAUGAGGCCUUAUCCCCGAUUUAAACUUCCACCGAGAGCUACUUUUGAUGUCUGCAAGCA